UACAGGCAGUGAUGAGGACAUGGAGGUGAGACGCCCCUCUGUCCCAUUCCUGCUACUGCUACUGAUCAGUUUCUUGGCAGGCAUCAUAAUUGGCCAAGAACUGACUUCCGACCGGCAGGUGAAUGGGGCUCUGGGAGGAUCGGUCGUGCUGUCUGUGGAUCUAUCCCCCGGGAAAAAGGUGAAAAAAAUCGAAUGGAGCUUUAAGGCUGGGACAGGUGCGACGAUCCAGCUGGCUGAGUUCAAUGGAGGGAAGUUUGAGCGACCGGAUCCCAGCGACAGAUUUCAGCAGAGGCUAGAAAUGUACGAGACUUCGCUGAGGAUCAAGGCUCUGGAGCUGGGCGAUAGCGGAGUUUAUGAGGCCCGGGUUAAGAUCGUACCAGCAACUCUGGAGGAACAGGCCUUUCUCCUCACGGUCUAUGAGCCUGUGCCAGAGCCGGAGAUAAAGAGUCACUCAGUCUCCAGCACGGCCGAUGGGUGCAAUGUCACUCUGCAGUGUCAGGUGUCUGGCAGGGAAGAGGUUAACGUCUCCUGGAUGAGAGGGAACCCACCCCGAGGCCUGGGCAAUUCUGAGCGGUACCAGCUCUCCCGUGAUGGCAGGACCCUCCGCCUGUCUCUGCAGCCCAACCCCCCGAACUCUACCUUCACCUGCAUGGCCAGCAACCCUGUCGACCAGAAGAGCGUCUCUCCUGACCUGCAGAGCAUCUGCCAAAGCGGAGACAAAGGCACAGACACAGCCAUGUGGAUGGGGCCUCUGUGCGUUGGGCUGAUCGUCGUCACAGCAGCCUGUGUCGGGAUGUGGCUGUGGAAGAAAAGGAGGAAAAAGCCAGUCGGCCGAGCUGCUGUCCCCACGGUCCCAGAGGAGGAAUGUCCUUCAGAGCCCCACUAUGCUGAGAUCAAGAGGAGGAGCCCUCCGGAGGGGAACGACCAGGACCCUGGCUGCCCGAGCGAGAGACCACUGGUCACCACCAUCUAUGAUCAGAUCCGAGUGGUCCCAGCUGGCCCCUCUGAGCAGCUCACCUAGGCCAGGAGCACCAAGAAAAGUGUGUCGCUGAGACAGCAAAGUCCUGCAACAUCCUGGGAGGAGGUAGAGAGUGGGUGUGUUAUUGUGGGUCGGGAUCAUAUGUCACCUCUUGAGGCAGCUGUGAGACCUUGGAGUUCACAAGACUCUGCUGAAAAUGUGCCAGACACGCAGGGCCUUUUGGGACGAGAAGUGAGAUGUGGAUUUCCCUGGGGGAAUCCCAAGGGAGAGGUUCGUGCAAGUUCCCCCGACUCUGGUUCUGCAAAGCCCCCAGCCUUUCGAAGCUGUGCCCUGCGGAGCAGCUCAUUGCCUGAUGCAAACAUGUGAUGUGAGGCCAAGAAAGAAAAAGCUGAUCUGCCCAAUCUCUGCUCUGGUUCCAGAUCUAAGACAGACGAACUUGCAACCGUGGGGGGAAACCCAGUCGUGGGCUUUCAAGGACUGAACCUACCAGAGCCCGAUCUUGGGCCUGGGGCUGAGCUCUGGGAAGCUUUUGAGCUUGUGUCUAGGUUAUUCUGUUGACUUCAUCUGUUUGCUCUGUAAUGCUUUUACCUGAAGAAUAAAGGUGCUUGCCCAGCA